AUGGAAAGGAAACCAGAAAAGAAAAAAUAUUCGGGGUGGGAGAGGAAGAGAUUGAAAGAAGUUUCAGAUCGCCAACAAUCGUCAUCCAAAUGUAUCAAACUGGAUACAUAUUUUUCAAGCUGUACGCCUUUAACUGCUACAACAAUACAACCAGAGGUUGAUGUGUCUCAAGAUACCCAAGUACAAAAUGUACAAGCAACAUCUUCUCAGAUGCAUAAUCAAGGCUUCGAGACUCAAGACAAUAAGGGAUUGGCGUUUAGGGGCCAUCGUGAAUCCCAAGGUUUAGGAGAAUCUACAUUAAAUGAAGGCAACUUUUUGGAACUUAUUAAACUCAUUUCUAAGAAAGAUGAUUUGCUGAAACAACAUUUACUUUUCGGUGACAGAAAUGCAACAUACUUAAGUCCCGAUGCUGUUUCAUCUAAUAUUCAAACACAGCUGUUUUUUGGAGUUCUGGAAAGCAUAUAUACAUUUUUUACCGGAAGUCUACCGCGUCUUUCUAUAUUGCAAGAGGGGCAACGCAACAACAUAGAAGCAUUUUCAUUAACACUGAAACGACUUAGUGAUACAAGAUGGGCUUCUAGAAAGACAGCAGUAGAUUCUAUAUUGCAGAAUUUACCAGCACUUGUUCUUGCAUUGCGAAGAAUAGUUGACGGUGAAGUUAAAAACUCUACUUCUAAACAGAUUGCCGUAGGAAAGGGAAUUCUUGUUACAAUAGAGACCUUUGAGUUUUUAGUUGUUUUAAUGUUUUGGAAAAGAAUUCUGCAUAAGGCUUUUAACGUAUCCAUUUAUUUACAGAAAAGUAGCAUUGAUAUGUUAACAGCCUUUCGAUUAAUUCAGAUUUUUGAAAAUGAGAUGAGUAGCUGGAGAAAUGAAUUUGAAUCAGAAUUUGAGCAGAUUGAGAACGAAGCCACUGAGCUCGCUGAGAAAUGUGAUAUCCGUACGGAGUAUAAGCAACACAGGUUAUACAAACGGAAAAUAUUCCACGACAAAGGUGCAGAGGAUACUCAGAUAUCUGACUCUAGGAAAAAGUUCAUUGUUCAAACUUAUUUAGUGUCACUGGACUCUGACAUAACUAGUACAAACACAAGCUUUCAAAAUUUUAAAGAUGUGUCUUCCAAGUUUUGUUGCUUAGACCCAAAACAUUUUGCAUUAGAUGACUGUUUAAUACAGUUGCAGCAAUUAGCAGUGACGUACUCGGAUGUUGUUGACAGUGUAACUGAAGUAGUGCAGGAAUUCGUAUCAUUUAGAACAUUUUACCAAGAAGUUUUUAGUGUAAGCAGUGUAAACAAGGGAGUUUCAACUGAAAAAGAACCUCCGGAAAUAGCGGUGACAGUAAACAGCAUUCUGAAAUUCAUGAUAGCUAAUGACUUGUGUUCUAUGUAUCCAAACCUGGCCACUUUGUAUCGUAUAUUUCUGACUUUACCAAUAAGCAGUGCCGGAGCAGAAAGAUCCUUCAGCCGUCUUAAACUCCUGAAAACAUACAUCCGUUCUACUAUGAACGAAGACAGGUUGUCCAGCUUAGCCCUGAUUACGAUUGAACGACAAUUAGCUUCUGAUGUUGAUUUAAAAGACGUAAUUGAUCAUUUUGCUAAAAUGAAACCUCGACGAAAAAGGAUGUUGUAG